AUGGCAGAAAAAACUUUACCAAAAAUUUUUAAAUAUGUUGAUGAGAAUGUAGAAUCUUAUAAAGGCCUGUUAAAGGAUGCUGUUGCAAUUCCAUCGGUUUCCUGCGAUCCUAAAUACCGAGAAGAAUGCGUCAAAAUGGUAUACUGGAUGAGGGACAAGUUGAAAGAAGUUGGAGCAUCGACUGAAAUAAGAGAUGUAGGUUAUCAGAAUUUCGAUGGCAAGGAAGUGAAACUACCACCGGUUCUGGUUGGCGUUCUUGAAAAUGAUCCCAAAAAAAAUACAAUCUGCAUUUAUGGCCAUUUAGAUGUCCAACCUGCUCUUAAAUCUGACGGCUGGGAAUCUGAACCGUUUGAUUUAGUGGAGCGUGAUGGAAAGUUGUUUGGUAGAGGUGCCACAGACGAUAAGGGACCAGUACUAGGUUGGCUUCAUGCUAUCAAUGCGUACAAAGCCACUGGCGAGGAGCUGCCAGUGAAUCUCAAAUUCAUAUUUGAAUGUAUGGAAGAAUCUGGGUCGGAGGGUCUUGAUGAGUUGCUAAUGCAGAAAUUGAAGCCUGAAGGUUUCUUUGAUUCAGUGGACUAUGUUUGUAUUUCUGAUAACUACUGGCUGGGGACUACUAAACCUUGCAUUACUUAUGGUCUAAGAGGCAUCAGCUACUAUUUCUUGGAGGUUGAAUGCGCUAAAAUGGAUCUCCACAGUGGUGUAUACGGAGGAACUGUACAUGAAGCCAUGUCCGAUCUCAUAUACCUUAUGAAUACUCUUGUUGAUAAAGACGGAAAAAUUUUAAUCACCGACAUAUACAAGUCGGUAGCACCACUCACAGAUAAUGAACAGAAACUGUACAAUACUAUUGACUUCAAUCCAGAGGCAUACAGACAAUCAAUAAGCGCCCACAAACUGGCCCAUAAUGGUGUAAAGGAACAACUAUUGAUGCACCGUUGGAGGUAUCCCAGCCUGUCACUCCAUGGAAUUGAAGGCGCUGCCUUCCAACCUGGUGCAAAGACUGUGAUCCCCGGGAAGGUCAUUGGCAAGUUCUCAAUUCGUAUUGUCCCUAACCAAGAGCCGGAGGAAGUUGAGAAACUCGUGUUUGACUAUGUUCACAAGAAGUGGGAAGAACGCGGGUCUCCCAACAAGAUGCGUAUAACUGCUCAGUCGGGACGCGCUUGGACCGAGAACCCAGAACAUCCACACUAUCAGGCCGCCGCUAGAGCUACACGACUUAUAUACAAGACUGAGCCGGACAUGUCUCGUGAGGGAGGUUCUAUACCAGUGACGAUAACACUCCAAGAGGCCAGCGCCAAGAACGUGCUGCUGCUACCCAUGGGCGCCGGAGACGAUAUGGCGCACUCACAGAACGAGAAGAUCAACGUCCGGAACUAUAUAGAGGGGGUGAGAUUUGACUUGACUUGA